AAUUGAGAAUCCAUGCUAAAAUUUCAUUGUUCUAUGAUAAUGAAUAGGUGCUAUAUAAAAGGUUACUGUUAUGUAUAAUAUACAUCAUUUUAAAUUGUUUUAGGAGGGGUUGAAAUAAUUGAUAUUUAAAAACUAAAUCUUUCAUGUAUAUAUACAAGCUAAUAAAGCGGACAUUAAAUAUUUUCAAAAUAAACUAUUGCAAAUCGAAAGGUUAAAUCUCUCUUAUCAUGUAUCAAAAAAUGAAUCUCGAAAUAGACUAUUUAUCGGAGGAACAUUUGACUGGCUUUGAAAAUUAUAAAUAUAGCUCAUUGGAUACAAGUCCACUCAGUGUAUAUGUUAUGCAUCCAUUUUGGAACAAAGUUGUAGAGUAUUGUCCAAAAUGGGUAGCACCAAACGUAUUAACGUUCUCUGGAUUUCUUUUUACCGUAUUAAACUUUGUGGUAUUUGCAUCGUUUGAUUAUUAUUUUUAUGCAUCGAGUGAUGAUCAUUCUCAAUAUUCGCCUAUACCUCGUUGGGUAUUUGCAGUAGCUGCAUUUAAUAUCUUUAUGGCAUACACGCUUGAUGGUAUUGAUGGAAAACAAGCAAGACGUACACAAACCUCUGGGCCUUUGGGUGAAUUGUUUGAUCAUGGUUUGGACAGUUGGACAGCAAUGUUAAUCACUGUUUGUAUGUACUCAGUUUUUGGAAGGACAGAUCAUAGUGUUUCCCCGUUACGAAUGUAUUUCAUACUUUGGAAUGUAUUUGUUAAUUUUUAUUUAAGUCACUGGGAGAAAUACAAUACGGGUGUGCUAUUCCUUCCUUGGGGAUAUGAUGCAUCUAUGUUGGCAACUGUCUUAGUAUUUAUUCUGACCAGCAUAGGAGGUCAUGAAGCAUGGAAAUUUUACUUGCCAGGAGGAAUAUCAGCGGGAAUAAUGUUUGAAAUGUUAUUAUAUGUCAGUGCUCUUGUAUCGAAUUUACCAGUUGUACUGUGGAAUAUAUACAAGUCGUACAGGGAUAGGACAGGAAAAAUGCGAACAUUUCCGGAAGCAAUAAGACCAUUGGUGCCUUUGGUAAUGUUAUUUAUGAUUUCUACACUUUGGAUAUUGUUCUCCCAACAAGAUAUAUUGGAAAAGGAUCCUCGUAUAAUAUAUUUUGCCAUUGGCACUAUUUUUUCUAAUAUAUGUUGCCGCUUAAUUGUCUCUCAAAUGAGCAAUACUAGGUGUGAAAUAUUACCAUGGAUAUUGUUACCGGUAACAGUAGCAGCUAUUCUUUCAUUUGUCUUGCCUGAAAUGAAUCUGAAAUCUAUGUACUUCGUAGCAAUUUUUUCUUUGCUUGCUCACAUUCACUAUGGUACCUGUGUGGUGCGCCAAAUGUGCCGUCAUUUUCGUAUUCAAACAUUCCAUAUAAAAAAUCAUUCUGAUUGACUACUCGUGGAUGAUAAUAUCUGUUAAAAAUGAAAAGAGCAACAGAAAAGACAAGAGGCAAUAAAUGGAAAUAAACGAAUGGAAAGGAGAAGAAGGUGCUGGAAAUGGAACGUUAGUAAAAACAACAUACGAAAAUCAUAGAUCAAAUAAUAAUUCACUUGUAUAGGAAACCAAAGUAAAUUAAGUCUAAUAUUAUUACUAAUAUAUAACUAGCUUAAAUUUUAUGCAUACACACA